GGGUUUCCUCUCACUCAUUCCCGCAGCUUCACAGUGAGUUCAAUAGUGAAGCAGAAAUGCUGGGCUUCGUCCCGCCCAUCAGACGCUCAGCGUCUCUGGGGGUCUAUGGGGCAGUGGGCGGGCCUCGGCUGGCCCGGACGCUCAGCUUCAGCAUGAUGAUUGGAUGAUCUGUCUGAGGCUGAAUCCCUUUUUGAUUGACAGUGAAAUGAGCGAAUCGGAGAUCUUGAAAUUGAGCUUCCUCUCUUUGAAAGACCAGCAUCCGCCACUGGUCUACAGUGAUGUUAAAGACUCAUUACCAGGUAUCAGAAACACUUGAUAGAACCUGCUGCUGCCAAGGGAGGAACAACUACGUUUUGGGUUUAGAGAGUUAUUCUUUUUCACAGAACCAGCUUGGGUUACAUAGUUAUCAUCUUUUGAAAACUGCUUUUUGUAUUUCCUCAGGUUAUCUUUGUCUGCUGUUAACAGCAGACAAAGAUAACCUUGUCUGGCUCUGAAAUAAAUGUCAUAUUUUCAAAGGAGUUAAAACAUGGAGGCAUUUUCCUUUUUGGACAUGUCCCUUUUUCAGGAGCACCAGUUGUCCAGGAGGCUGAGUGGCUGCAGAUAAACAUUAACCUGGGUAGACUUUGACAUCUCUGUCCUGUCAGUGACCUGAGAGCAGCUGCUGCAGGAGUUUCAGGUCACACAUUACAACAAGAACAUGUAAGAAUGUCAGAUAGCUGCUGGCAGGAUGGAUAUGCUUCGCCCCCUAGCAGCCGGGGAUGUCCACUUAACUCAUGCAGGAGCAGGACAGACGUAACAGGAGGUGUGUGAGCAUACCCCGCCUCUCAGAGGUCACUAAGGCAGGACAGCGGUGACAUCAGCUGGACGGUAUAAGAGGCGGGCAGUGAGUUAUGAAACCGGAGGGAGCCGCCUGGGACCAAGCUUGUCUCUGCCUUCAUACAGGCUGACACAGAGCUGGAAAACAUGCUGUUCUGCCACCCUCAGCCCGAGUCCUACCACCAGCACUCAACCAACUACAUCAGGGAGGCCCUGGCACCUUUCCUGAAGAACGAAGAAGCCCGUCUCAGGGCGGCGAGCGGCGUGCAGAGGUCACCCUUCCAGUAUGUCCUGUGUGCAGCCACGUCGCCAGCUGUCAAACAGCAGGAGGAGACGCUGUCUUACCUGAACCAAGAUGUGCCACUCUCAGUGGGGAUAAUCGAACCUCGUUCAGACCCUCUGCACCUCAAUACCAUUGAGUUCCUCUGGGAUCCCCUGAAGAAUGCUUCUGUCUCCAUCCAGGUCAACUGCAUUAGCACCGAGUUCACCCCCAGGAAGCACGGCGGUGAGAAGGGGGUACCGUUUCGAAUCCAGGUGGACACUUUCAGCUCCAAUGAACAUGGUGAACAUGUGGAGCAUGUUCAUUCAUCCAGCUGCCAGGUCAAGGUCUUCAAGCCUAAAGGAGCAGAUCGCAAACUGAAGACCGACAGGGAGAAGAUGGAGAAAAAGACGCCUCAGGACAGGGAGAAGUACCAGCCGUCUCAUGAGACCACCUUGCUGAGGGAGUGCUCCACGUGGCCUGAUGCCUUAAGCCUCAGCAGCCACAGCAACGCCAGGACUCCAUCUCCCAUUUACCACAGCUCACCAACACCAUGUUUUUUCACAGAGAGCAACUGUUCUCCAAACCGGCACGCGGAGGUGUCCAUGCCUGCCUGCUCAGAUCAUCUUCUGCCAUUGUCCUCACCACAGGACACUCAGCAGUGGCUGCACCGUCGCAGGUUCUCACCUUUCUCUAGGCUCUUCUCCAGCUUCUCAGGAGCUGAUCUCUUGAGGAUGAGCAGGGAGGAUCUGAUCCAGAUCUGUGGUCCAGCAGACGGCAUUCGGCUCUUCAACGCGAUGAAGGGAAGGAGUAUCCAGCCCCGUCUGACCAUCUAUGUGUGUCAGCAGCCGACCCAAAUCCAAGCUGCCAUGAAACCUGGCGGUGGAGACGGUGAAAGCUCAUGCUUCUACCACGCUCUGUACCUGGAGGAACGGACACUACUGGACCUGUCUGAGAAGAUCGCUGGGUUCUACAACAUCACUCCACAACAAAUCACACAGAUCUACAGACAAAAAACCACCGGCAUCCACAUCUUGGUAUCUGAUGAGAUGGUGCAGAACUUAGGAGAAGAAGCAAGUUUUAUCAUCAGCACCAUAAGAGUGGGUUGUGGUGGAGCUGGUGCCCUCCAGCAGUCAACGGGCGGGAGGUGGGUUCUCCCUGGACAGGUCACCAGUCCAUCGCAGGGCCACACAGAGACACACAACCAAGCACACAUACCUAAUAAUCAUGUCUUUGGACUGUGGGAGGAAGCCGGAGUACCCAGAGAGAACCCAGGCAUGCACGCGGAGAACAUGCAAACUCCAUGCAGAAAGACCCCCAGCCGGGAAUCGAACCCAGGACCUUCUUGCUGCAAAGUAACAGUUCUACCAACUGCACCACCGCUCAGCCCAAUGGUUUUGUCAUUUAUGACUUUCUUAAACAAGACUGUUUAGACAUUUGAGGUUGAAAAAAUGUAAAAUCUCCUUGGAGUUGUUUUGAUAUUUAGCAGAUGUUCUUGAAUGCACCAUGAAAACUGAGCUGGGGGGAAAUCUCUGGUCAGAGGGACUCGUCUCGACAGUCCCAGCAGUGUGAGGAGAGCUAGGACCACUUUGGUUACGAGUUCAUGUCAAUAGUUCCAAACAACUCGGGAAACCUCAUUAAAAGACAUGGUGGGAAAACUCCAUUUCUGCUCGGUUUCUUAAAACUUCAGGGUUUACACCAAUUAUUUGUGUACAUGAUUGUAGUUUAUUUUGAUUCCUUCAUUUAUUGUAAUAUGUCUUGAUUUUGAGUGCUGGAGAUGUGUACAAGUCUUUCAUUUGGAGGGAAGCUAGGAAGAAAGUAGGCUCAUUGUUAGCAUCUACAGUUUCCAUUUAAUAUUUGAACAAUUGAAUAUUUAGGAAUGUAAUAAAUUUAAAGAACAAUCAGUU